AUGUCAAGCGUAGAUCAAAACCAGCCAAUCCACACACUAUCAAACCAAAUGGAUUCAAAGCUGAACGUGUCUAAUCCUAAAAAACCCUCUUUUGGUGAACAAUCCAACAAGAAUCACGCUGAAACACCCACAAACACCGCCACAGACACACCAAUCGACGCUAACAACCUCAACCUAGACAACCUCUCGGCUGAAGAACUCCGUGGCAAAUACUUUGUCGGCGACGUCAACUGCAAAGAAGAAGACGAACCUCUUCUCAAGGAAAACCCAAGAAGAUUCGUUCUUUUCCCAAUCCAAUACACUGAAAUCUGGCAAUUCUAUAAGAAGGCUGAGGCUUCCUUCUGGACUGCAGAGGAAAUGGACUUAUCCAAAGACAUCACUGACUGGACAAACAAGAUCAACAAAGACGAAAAGCACUUCAUUAGUCAUGUUCUUGCUUUCUUCGCUGCCUCUGAUGGCAUCGUAAAUGAAAAUUUACUUGAAAGAUUUUCCGGUGAAGUUCAACUCGCUGAAGCAAGAUGUUUCUAUGGUUUCCAAAUCAUGAUGGAAAACAUUCACAGUGAAACCUACUCACUCCUGAUCGAUACUUACAUACCUGAACCUGAACAACGUGAUUUCUUGUUCAACGCAAUUGAAACAAUCCCUUGCAUUAAAAGGAAAGCUGAUUGGGCUGUCAAGUGGAUUAAUGACGAUAAAGCUACAUUUGGUGAAAGGUUAAUUGCAUUUGCUGCUGUUGAAGGAAUUUUCUUUAGUGGCUCCUUUGCAUCCAUUUUCUGGUUAAAAAAGAGAGGUUUGAUGCCAGGAUUGACAUUCUCGAAUGAGUUAAUAUCACGUGAUGAAGGCUUGCAUACUGAAUUCGCUUGCUUGCUCUUUGGACAUCUCAACCGUCGACCACAUCCAAAGGUCGUCGAGAAGAUCAUCGUUGAAGCAGUUGGAAUUGAGCAGGAGUUCUUAUCAGAUGCCCUCCCUGUAGCGCUGAUAGGUAUGAACGCAAAGUUAAUGUGUCAGUAUAUCGAGUUCUGCGCUGAUAGGCUGUUGGUGUCAUUGGGUAAUGACAAGUACUACAACUCAACAAACCCAUUCGACUUUAUGGAAAUGAUCUCACUUCAAGGCAAGACCAACUUCUUUGAGAAGAGAGUGUCAGAUUAUGCAAAGGCAGGUGUUAAAGCGGACGAAACAGCAGGUAAAGGUAAGGAGUUUACGCUCGACGCAGACUUCUAG